AUGGCUUUUUGCAAAUUAGUCUUCCCAACUACUAUCACUUGGCUCUUCUUCUUGCUUAUGUUUCCAUCUCAUGUUGCUUCUUCUUGCUCUAACAUUGAUGUUAAGGCUUUACCCUUUGGCAAUCCUCAAAAAGUUAAUCUCUCACUUUAUUAUGAAACCUUGAAUCCAAAUUGUUCAAAUUUUAUCGUUCAGAAUCUCGCAACUGUAUUUGACAAUGAUCUCAUCUCCAUCAUCAACCUCAGGAUGGUCCCGUGGGGUAAUGCUUACACCAACAAUUCUGGCAAGACCAUUGUUUGUAAGCAUGGCCCAGAAGAAUGCAUGUUAAAUACAGUUGAAGCUUGUGCCAUCAACGUGUGGAAUGAUAAUUUGAACAAAUACUAUGGUUUUAUUUACUGCAUUGAGUUUUUAGCCAUUGAGGGAAGGCACAAGGACUGGAGUACUUGUUUCGACACAUUGGGAUUACCUCCGAAACCUGUCUUGGAUUGCUAUAAUAGUGGAAAUGGAACACAGUUUGCACUUCAAUAUGGAAAUGAGACUGCUCAUCUUAUUCCACCAGGCACAUUUGUGCCAUGGGUGGUGGUGAAUAAUCAACCAAUUAGAGAGGACUAUGGAAAUUUUACAACCUAUGUGUGCAAUGCUUACAAAGGCACUGCUGUGCCCAAUGCCUGCAAAUCUCCUUUACCUGGGACCCAUUCAGCCCAGGAGGCAAGUCGGGCAAAGAGAAUGUCGAGGUUCAAACACCCUUCGCGGAAGCACCUGAUAUAA